UCUAUUUAUUUUGGUUUUGUGCUAACGACAUCGACCAACGUGCUCGAACAGUAACCGCUCUCCGUUCGGUUUUCUACGCGAUCCUUUUAAAUUUAAUCAUGUACUCUCGACGCCGCGCAACUUUUACCAUGUAUUAGCACGUGUUUCUGUCAACACAUAAACGCUCGUUAUCGUCGGAAAUUCGUGAUAUUUAACGCGUGUGUUCCUUUGACGUUAAUCAAUUAGAUAAUCGGCGAUACGCUACUCCGUUGUUCGGCAACUUUGAUUACGCAGAACAAAAAGGUGUUCUACGGUCAGUGAAUCCGACGCGAGGAUGUCAAGAUGACUCGUGCCUCGAAGAAGAAGAAUGGGAAUUUGCGGCGGAGCGUCGAAUCCGUGCUAGAGCCAACGUCUAAGUUCCCGUCGAAAUGGCAGAUUAAAUCGUUCGGAAGGCAGGGUAUGAUCUUCGUUUCGUUAAUUGAGUACCGAUCGAAGAAAAAUCGCACUUGUCGCAGUUAGUCGGUGACCCAUUAACGAUCGACCGACCGCAGUCUGUUGACUCGACUACAAGCUAUCUAUUCAAGACGGAAUGCUUUGUUUACCCGCGAUAAUUAUUUCUACAGAUACGAAUACAGAUUCUUAAAAUAGACCGUUGACGGACUCGCGUGAACCGUUCUUCCUGGACUAUUAAUAUUUACAAACAUCCGUCCGCCCGGCGAAUGUUCAAUUCCUUCGGCAGAAUAUUUUGUUUCCGAAGGAAUUAGACAGUAUGGAAACAUCGAACGAGGAUGCGAGCGAUUUGCACGAUUUUUGGAAAGACUGGGACCUGAAGAACCUAACGGAGGCCGAGUACUUAACGAAGGUACUCGGGCCCAAGUAUCUGCCCAUGAAGAUGGUGAUACCGCUCACGAUUGCGUACGUGGUGAUAUUUGUCACCGGCAUAUUCGGGAACAUCGCCACGUGCAUCGUCGUUAUGAAAAAUCCUUCGAUGCAAACCGCCACGAACUACUACUUGUUCAGUCUGGCCAUAUCCGAUCUUACUCUACUCGUGCUGGGAUUACCUAACGAGCUGGGCGUUUUCUGGCAACAAUACCCUUGGGCUCUAGGAGUCGGUCUUUGCAAGAUAAGAGCGUACGUGUCGGAAAUGUCUUCGUACGUGUCGGUCCUCACGAUAGUGGCCUUCUCCAUGGAAAGAUAUUUGGCCAUAUGUCACCCGCUUCGCGUUUACACGAUAAGCGGCUUGAAAAGGCCUAUACGUUUCAUCUUGGCUGCGUGGUCAAUAGCGCUAAUUUCCGCUAUACCGUUCGCAAUUUAUACGAAAGUCAAUUUGGUCGAGUACCCACCAGGUUCGGGUAAUUAUUCGGCCGAUUCGGCGAUUUGCGCUAUGCUACUGCCAUACAUGCCGAAGUUUCCUCUUUACGAGCUGAGCAGCAUCAUAUUUUUUUUGAUACCGAUGCUGGUGAUUCUGGUCGUCUAUACGAGGAUGGGCUUGAGGAUCAGGAACAGCACGCGGGACACGCUGAAUUCGGUGGUGCACGGCGCGAUUCACGGAGACUCGCAAAUUCAAACCCGGAAGUCCGUUAUCAGAAUGUUGAGCGCCGUGGUUAUUUUGUUUUUCAUCUGUUGGGCCCCGUUUCACGCUCAACGGCUGCUCUACGUCUACGCUCAGGAGUCCGACUAUUAUCCAGACUUGAACGAAUGGCUGUACAUUCUGAGCGGAUGUCUUUACUACUUCAGCACAACCGUGAAUCCCAUUUUAUAUAAUUUAAUGAGUGUAAAGUACCGGCAUGCGUUCAAGCAAACGAUAUGCUGCAAGACGAGAAAGACAGGAAGGAGGAGCUGGGCCACCAGGGAUUCCCAGAUGUGCCAAACCAAUUCCAACGGAAAGACUCACGACACAAACUUUAAGCGUUCCGUAAGGUAUACUAUCAGCCAAGCGAAAGAGAUGUUUCGUUUCACUGCAAGUCGGGAGAGCGUGAGUAAAGACGGGAAUAUGAACGACAAUGUUUCUCAUAAAUCUUAUCCGCCGAAGAAAGUAGAUUCUAGCAGACCUCUUCUCGAUCGAAUGCACUCCGUUGCUCGGGAACAAACGAGCAACGUAAGUUCUACAUCCGAGGGGACGACGAAAGAGUCCAUGUCCACGGCCAGUAGUAAUUUGUGAACUACGUAAACUGUACAUUUUUUGCGUUGUUUGUCACACGAUACUUGUAUAUAGUAGCUGUAAAUUAAUAGAGCGUAUUAUUAUUUAUUUUUUGACGAUUUGUUGUGUCGUUUUUGAGCCAAUUUUUAUCCGAUUUUACCAGAUUGUAAAAUUUCUGUAAUUAAUAAAAGGUUUCGACGACGAACCGUAACCAUUUCCUACGAGUUCCUCUAUUCGAUGCACGUUGCAAUCUCGUACGAUUUUAUUAGUAGAUUUCAAUCGCUUCCAGCCGGACUUGGAGUUUCAAUCGACGCAACGUUUUCUAAUCCAAUGCUUAUCGUCUAAAAGCUUCCUUACAGACUGAAUAAGGACAAAAACGAAGAAACGUAAUAGUAUUAUGUCGGUGCUCGGUUGGAAGACGUCAAAGGUAAAAUUUCUUUCUCUACAUUUUAAUUCUUGGCACGACGAUUUUAAUCCUCGAUGGUUACACCAAGCCAAUGGAAUUCCCUUUCGAGCUCGAAGAGGAUCUUUUAGUUUGCCAGUUCUACCAGCUACAUUUGCCAAAGGAAGCCGUCGAAUACCGUUUCUAUAGUCGUGGCAAAAUGACCGAAUAUCAGUCGCGAAAAACCUUGAUCCGUCGACCGAGAAAACACGUGGUGCAUUUCUUGAUUGGCAGUGCAUCAGCAAACGAUA